AUGCCUAAUUUAGAAAACUUAAAAGAAAAACCUUUUACUAAUUUUACUAAACCCCACGAAAGACUAAUCAACGCCCGAAGAAAUGAAGUCUUUUACCGCGAUGAUAUCAAAAGCCUGUUUGGUUAUUCCUUGGUCGGAAUUGCCAUCUCUUUGGCAGUGGCAGGAGUAGUCUAUGUAGUUGAAACUAUUCCUAAUUCCGAAUUAGACCCGGUGGCUAAGUUUAACCAACGCCAAGCCAAAACCGAACAAAUUAAUCAUGCCAAAUCAACUGUUAACUCCCCAUCUAACUAA